GCGCAAACUACGAGGACUGACAUGCGCGAGACCAUGCGGAGCAGCAAUCAGUGUGAAAGCGGAGAACCUCACAGCACGAGCAUCAGCGCGAGACACCUCCAGCACAGCGCGAUGAGUCCAGCACACAGCUCCACACUGAUACUCGCAGUCCUCUUCAUCUCCUUGAUACCAAUCACCAGAAGUGCUCCAGUGCUCUUUAAUCCAUCCUCAAUAGAACAUGACCAGUUACUUAUCCAGAUAACCAAUUUUUGCUCAUUCUUCCUCUCUGCAGACCCAUCAUUUAGAACCUCUGAUGUUCUAGGGGACCUGUGUUUCCUAAUGCUGGGAUCACUGCAAAAAUCUAAGGAGAUCACAGCUCGAGAGACCAGCAAACGGUUUUUAUUUCAUUACACUAAACCAAAUGGUGCUGGAUUGUCAGAUGGCACGUCCACUGUCUUGCACCCUCUUCUGGAGCUCAUACCCCAGCUUGCCAGAACAAGAAGCAGGAGAAUGAAAUUAAAUGAGGAUAUUCAAGGGCCAGGCCGGAUCCAGAACAGAGGGUACUUCCUUUAUCGGCCACGAAAUGGAAGAAGAUCUGCUGAAUAUGUGUAAAACAAUAAAGAAUCAAAAGCUCAGUACCAACAGACCCUGUCCCGCAGAUGUACUGAUCCAGAGUCAGAUGACCUAAAACAUCACAUCACACUCAUUCCAGAAAACUCCCCCUCACUGAAUCGUGAUGUUGAAUGUACAGACAGAACCCAAAUAAAGUCUUUAAUUGGUUAAAAUGUCCUGUUUGUAUAUCUGUGCUGUGUCUUUUGAAUUAAAAGCAUUAUAAAAUGUUUCAUCAUUGUGGCAGUGUGAUUUUGACCAAUUUGCUUUUAUUGUACAGUAUCUGAA